AUAAUUGAUUUUUCUUUUUAAUGUUUCUUUUUUUUUUGGUAGAAAAAAUGAAAUAUAUUUUGAGGUUCAUUACCUUUUUGGUGUUUCUUUGGUACUCUGCUUUUUAAUUACCGUGUAAGGUUGAAAUUUGAAGUUUCCAUUCAGCAAUGCGGUUCCUACUUUCUACCUUUUAUUGUGUACUGUUUUGUAGGCCCACCUUGGUGAUUCUAUUGCUGCGUGGUUUCAAAGUUUAAGAGUGUUACACAUUUAAAAUUUUUUCUUUCUUCCUUUCUUGAUUUUAUUUUUAUCUUGAUUUUCAUGAUUAUGCCUAUUCCAUCUCGUGAAUGUUGAGUAGAGUUUUGUAUUAAGCUUUCAAGGGACUUUCUAUAGUACACUUGGUUGUUGUUUGUUGCAAUAAAUGUUGCUACUCAAUUAAAGUAUAACCUGCAAACCACUAAUGAAGAAAAAAAGAGACAGUGCUAUAGUUAUCCAUCAUUUUCAACGAAGCAACUACAAUUUCCAGCCAUAAAGUGUUGCGUAGUUGACUUAUGAUUGAUCAUGGAAUCGGACGCUCAAACCUCUAUUUUCUCAGUCAUCGAAAUGGUGUGAUGCAUGGAGACUUGAAGAAUCUGUCAUUAAGUCCAUAUGCCAUUUCGCGGACAAAGGAUAGAAAGCUCUGUGAGCUCCACCAUUCUCUCCAGUUUUCCAGCGCCGCAGCGGAGGGGAUAACAAAAUGGGAUCCUGUUAGUAUAGAAACAUGGGACGAGGCACAAUAUAUUUGCAACCAUGUGAAACUUCUUGACCAAAAGGAAAGUGCUGUAUCUGCUCUUGAAGCUGAACUAGAGCAGGCUCGUGUGAGGAUUCAGGAGCUUGAGACUGAGCGUCACUCCUCCAAAAAGAAACUUGAGCAUUUCUUGAAGAAAGUUAGCAAGGAAAAAGCCUUAUGGCGAAGCAGAGAGCAUGAGAAAAUUCGUGCCUACAUUGAUGACAUUAAAGCAGAGUUGAGUCAAGAAAGGAGAAGUCGUCAAAGGAUUGAAAUUGUGAAUUCCAGGUUAGUUAGUGAGUUGGCUGAUGCUAAGUUGUUAGCAAAGCGCUGCAUGCAGGAGUAUGAGAAGGAAAGAAAGGAGAAAGAUUUGAUUGAGGAAGUGUGUGAUGAGCUUGCUAAGGAAAUUGGAGAAGACAAGGCUGAAGUUGAAGUAUUGAAGAGGGAAACUAUGAAACUCAGGGAAGAAGUAGAGGAGGAGAAAAGGAUGUUGCAGAUGGCUGAAGUCUGGCGUGAAGAACGUGUUCAAAUGAAGUUGAUAGAUGCAAAAGUCGCUGUUGAUGCGAAGUACUCACAAAUGAAUGAACUUGUAGCAAAUUUGGAAAUCUUUCUUAAGUCAGUAAAUGUUAACCAUAAUGGAACGGAUAUAAGAGAAGCAAGUUCACUUAAAAAUGCUGCAGCUUCCAUGAACAUUCAAGACAUCAAAGGAUUUUCAUAUGAACCUCCCAAUCAAAACAAUGUAUUUUCCAUUUUCGAAGAUCUGAACUCUGGUGAACCCAAGGAAAGGGAGAUUGAUCCAUGUGUUGUGCAUUCUCCAGUGAGUCAUGCCUCAAAGAUUCUCGCAGCAAGUCCUGAACCCAAUAUGAUAAGUAAGGUUAACUUUCCAAGGCGAUUGGACGCAUCGGUGCAUGAGAUUGUUGAUAUGCAAGAUGACGGAAGUGGAUGGGAAAUUGUGAGCCAUGUUGAGGAUCCAGGAUCAAUCUGUUCACCGGAAGGGAGUAUCCCAUCUAUGACUAAGAAUUAUCGAGAGUGUAACAUCUCAGAGAGGAGCAGGUUUGACUGUAAAGAAAAUACCAGCGAAGAGUCCCCAUUAACUGAAAUUAGUGAAGUUUCUUCAGUGUUAAGUAAGCAAUCAAAGAAAGUAUCAUCCAUAGCCAGGUUUUGGAGGUCUGGUCCGACUAAUGCGGAUAACUACAAGAUAAUCUCUGCAGAAGGAAUGAAUGGGAGUCUUUCAAAUGGGAAGUUGUCUAAUGGGAGCAUCAUGUCUCCUGACUGGGGAUCAGGUAAAGAUGGUCUAAGUCCCCAGGAUCCUCUGUGUCAAUUGAGAUCUCCCGACUCCGGGAGUUCACAUAAUCAGGGUGCAGAGAAGAACAGUUUGAAAGCAAGACUUCUAGAGGCCAGGAUGGAAAGCCAGAAGGUUAGGUUGCGCCAUGUUCUUAAACAGAAGGUAUAAAGCUGAAAAUAGAAAGGCUCAGAAGAGAUUUGUCACCAACUUGACCCAACAAUGAUACACAUGAUGACAUGAAGCAGUUUCAUUUUGAAUUGUGGAAGUACAAAUAGAUUGCUUCUACAAAAUCUGCUCAGAAGUGAAGAGCCAAACGUAAAUGCACUUUUCCUUUUUCUGACUUUUGGCCAGGUUCAAGUUCUCCAUUAUCACUCAUACUAAGUAUAGAGCAGAUUUCAUUUUAUUUUAUUUUAUUUUUUAUAUAUUAAUUUUCUUGCCAUGACGUUGGAUCUUAGGAAAAUUAUGAGAGGCACGUUGCUUGUACUGUAUAAUUUGAGUCUGAGGAAAACAUUCAGCGAAACUAAUAAUCAUAAAUUAUAGAUAAUAGCAUGAUCUUUUUUUCUUUCGCAA